UUGACGUCAAUGCACGUCAGGCGGAGAACAUGAUGCCUUUUUGCGAGUCAACUCGUGUGCGCUGGCUGAUAGAGAGGACCUCGAGCUGAAACGUUAGAGCACCAUUGUGCUGAAGGAAGGUGACAGGCAAGGUUUACUCAACUCCCACCCCCUACCCCCCCCCCCAAAAAAAAAGAAAAAAAAAAAGAAAGGAACAGAAUGGGCCAGCCUCGUGUCGCCGACAAUCCACAAAAGUCCUAUUUUUAAUGGACAAGCUUCGAAUGGCGGUGGCGGCGGCGGCUGUCGGGGGGUGUUGUUCGGCUUUUUGAUUUGUAAAGAAGCCAGUGUGAGCUGCCCCACACCCCACCACCACCACCACCAGCAGCAGCAGCACCACUACCCCCAGUGUGUGUCCCUGCCUGUGCGGUUACCUCCUCGUCCUCCGUCGCCGCCGCCGAGACAGUCCCGUCGAGAACAGCAUGGUCAUGGCUGACAGCGUCCAGAAACCGCUGCUCCGGGGUCCGGUCCGUGUGGGCUUCUACGACAUUGAGCGCACUUUAGGAAAGGGAAACUUCGCCGUCGUCAAACUGGCCCGACAUCGCAUCACUAAAACGGAGGUUGCUAUCAAGAUCAUUGACAAAACCCAACUGGAUGCAGUCAACCUUGAGAAGAUCUACAGAGAAGUUCAGAUAAUGAAAAUGCUGGACCAUCCGCACAUCAUCAAGCUAUACCAGGUUAUGGAGACAAAGAACAUGCUUUACCUGGUCACAGAGUAUGCCAAGAAUGGAGAGAUCUUCGACUACCUAGCAAAGCAUGGCCGACUUAGUGAGCUGGAGGCCAGGCGGAAGUUCUGGCAGAUCUUGUUGGCAGUAGAAUAUUGUCACAACCGCAAAAUUGUCCACCGUGACUUGAAGGCAGAAAAUUUGUUGCUGGAUGGCCACAUGAACAUCAAAAUUGCAGACUUUGGAUUUGGGAAUUUCUUCCAGCCCGGUGAGCCUCUGGCUACAUGGUGUGGUAGCCCUCCAUACGCUGCUCCCGAGGUUUUCGAGGGCCAACAUUAUGAAGGCCCGCAACUGGACAUCUGGAGUAUGGGUGUGGUGCUGUACGUGUUGGUCUGUGGUGCCUUGCCUUUCGAUGGACCCACUCUCCCCGUGCUCCGACAAAGAGUCUUGGAAGGAAGGUUUCGUAUCCCCUAUUUCAUGACUGAAGACUGCGAACAUCUGAUCCGCAGGAUGUUAGUCCUGGAUCCGUCAAAGCGUUUGUCUGUGGCGCAGAUCAAAGAACACAAGUGGAUGGCACUAGAUGUUCCAGUGCAGCGGCCGGUUCUUUACCAGCAGCCUGUCCCUGCUGACGGUGAGACGGGCGUGGGCGAGUACAGCGAGCAGGUUCUACGUUUGAUGCACAGCCUUGGCAUCGACCAGCACAAGACUGUAGAGUCUCUGCAAAACAAAAGCUACAACCACUUUGCCGCCAUCUACUACCUGCUGGUGGAGCGGCUAAAGGCCCAUCGCUGCAGCUUCCCAGUGGAACAGAGGCUGGAUGCACGUCAGCGGCGGCCCAGCACAAUUGCUGAACAGACUGUCAUCAAGUCGACUAGCUGUUCUGGCCAGGUGGGCUUGCUCCCACAGGGGGUCCGUCUGCUACGAUCCCCCGCCGUUUCUCAAGCCACCUCUGAUGCAUUCACCUUUGCCCAACCCGUGUGCACCCUGGAGCAGAAUUUCAUGUCUGAGGACGUCAACACGCCCAAAGUAAACGGCUGCCUGCUGGACCCCCUGCCUCCCAUCACUGUGCUCCGCAAGUCAUCCACCUCAUCUCCUAGCAACAUGAUGGAGAUGUCGAUUGAUGAGGGGAUUGAGACUGAAGAGCCUGACACGGAGGAGGAUACACCUCACAUGCUUUUAGCCUGUCAGACAGCUCGUUUUGGCCAGAGACGGCACACCCUCUCUGAGGUUACUAACCAGCCAGGAACGUCAAACCAGGGUAAACUGUUCACUUUGGGUCACAACCCCUCCACAAGCAGCAUGGACUCUGACAUGGGCUAUGACAUGGGGUCGAUGCAAAGUGACCUUGGCCUACUUGAGGACCCCCCGUCACUCAGUGAAGUGGUUCUGCCCAACAGCACGGCCUCCCGUGUUGCUCCUACGUCAUUCAUAAGCGCUCGGCCGGCCAACCUGGCAAUGGCUACCCUGACGUCGCAGCACAGGGACACCCACAACCGUUCACCCAUCAGCUUCCGAGAAGGACGCCGUGCCUCUGACACCUCACUCACACAAGGUCUGGUUGCCUUUCGACAGCAUCUCCAGAACCUGGCGAGGACCAAAGGCAUCCUGGAGCUAAACAAAGUACAGAUGCUGGUGGAGCAAAUGGGGUCUGGGGAAGGGGCUGUCUUGGGCUUUCCGGGACCCCAGCAUCACUUGCACAACCUCCUGGAGACCGAGGCAACUAAGCAACAGGAGGGCCCGACUUUAUAUCAAGGUGGACCACAGCCACCUGUUCUCUCCCGUAGGCAGAGUUUGGAGACGCAGUACCUCACCCAUCGUCUCCAGACUAGCGUUUUGAUAAACACUCCUGCAAGCUGCCAGAUGUUCUGUAAGGAGUCCCCCCGAAGUUUAGCGCAGCAACUACAAGAACAUCGACUGAACCAGAAGAGGAUGUACCUGCAGCAGACACAGGGUCUGGGCCUGCCGGUGUACUUCAAUCAGAUGCAGAUCGCUGAAGGGUCCUAUCCGGCGAGUGGCAUCCCACUGGACCCCGCUGCAUCCCAGAAUCCCCCCCAGGUGACCCCAAUGUCUAGCAGUGGCCCGCAGCCUCAAUCACAGCAAGGAUCCUCGUCCCCAUACAGCCACCCCCACAGCCUGAGCCCCCUUCUGGAACCAGGGGAGGGCGUGCUUUAUGACCCAUACAUGAGUCAUCACCACUACGCACAGCACCUGGCCCCUGUCCCUCACCUUCAACACCACCACCAUCACCAGUCGCCUCAAGAAACCUCAGCUAUGAGUCUCGGUUUCUGCUACCCUGUAGAGCAGCAGGUCCAGUGCCCCUCCACUGAAGUCCCAACCCCAGGACAGUACGAUUUCCACCUUGACCUAGGAUCGCUCCAGCCUCCCGCCAUUGGAGAGGUGGCGGGGCAUGUGGCGGGGGCCUCUGGGGAGUCAGGCCCACCCGAGGGUCUUGUUCUGACGGAGCUGCAGAACCCACUCGUGGACGGUGAGAUGAUGGAGACGGUGGACUCCCAGCAAGGCUUCGUGCUGGUUAAUUAAAGCCUCACAGGGGGCCGGAUUGAAGCAGUAUUGAGAGCCCACACAGAGAUUUGGAGACAUAAGCAUAGCAACAGGGAAAAUGCCGACUUUCGUACGACCAACGAAAACUGAAUUUCGUAGUUGGGAUGAAUCUCGGGGAACCUUUCGUACCAAAAGCCCUCCCUUAGCUGACCUCCUUUUCUUCCCUCUACUCCUCUUCCGCCUUGGAUGAACGAGGAGAAGGCCAACGUGCCGACGCGGUCAGAACUCAUCGCGAGGAUGCUUCAUUGGCCGCCCUUGUGCCCCUAGUGAGAGGACAUGAUCCUGAUAAGGUGUUGAGGACGACUGCAGCAUUUCACGUGGUUUGAAACUAGUGAACUGUUUUGGGGACUGGCUGGCAAUUAAAAGCACAAAAUGGUUGACAGAAUGGCUCGCCGAUUGAGCAUUUAGACUAUUUUUGAUAUGCAGCUUAAGGUACAUGUACCGGUUGGACAACCACAUUACUAGUGAGACAAGGCUGUUCACUUAUUGACGUCUGCACAAUACUAGUACCACUAGUGAAACGCUGGAUAACUGGUACAUAUAUAUAUUUUUUAAAUUUCAGUAGUAGUACUAGUAACACCAUUGUCAAAAGUCUUGCUUGUCCUAAAGUCAUUUCACCGUUUAUUCGCAGUGGGCUAGUUUCAGUUUAUAAUUCAGCAUACCAGUUACAUAUUAAAAAAUAUACAAUGUUGCUGUAUUUAUUCACUGUUCUUGAUAUCCCCCCCCCUAACUAGUGCCCUAGUACUCACUAUUAGGAAAAAUUCAUGUUACUAGUGAUGCACAAGUGCACUAGUUAACAUCUGCACACUACUAGAACUCCUAGUGAAGAGCUAGGUUUUAAUGAGUUGAAUUUUGGGAUUUCACAAUUAAUAGCAGGGCACAGUUUUCAAUAAGUCUACAGUUUGGAAACGUAGUUGUUAUACUUGUAAGGCUCCAACUACUCAAAAAUAUUUUCACUAUGUUGAUUCUUUUAAUUGAUGAAUUGAAUUAAAGAAAAUGUUUUUUAUUUUUUUCAUUUCUAUACCUUUAGUCAAACCUAGGACAUUAUUUUGAAUUGACUGCAGACAAACAAAACACGUGAUUUAGUUACUCCUUAGGGCCAUGAAAUUUCAGAAAAUGGGACAAAAAAUUUGUUUACCAAAAGCAAAAGCAGAAGUCUACAAAUGCCUGAUUUUGACUCAACACAAUUCGUCUGCUUUCAUGGAGGGUUACAAAAAUCGGAGAGGAUUGAUUAUCGAUAGGCUGAAAUUCCAAGGAUUUGGACAACUUUAAGUUAAACACUGUGCCUAAACGAGUAAUCGAUUGUCAAAAUAGUUUUCAAUUGUCUUCAUCAAUAUUUGGAGUUGCACUACUCAUGAGGACAAAGAGCGUACUAUUACACAGACCUUAGGUUGGAUGUCACAGACAUCAAAUAAAUACUGAAGCGACUUUAUGGCAAGCGGUUUAUUCACUGCAUGGUGGUUUUCAUUCAUAGUUUGUUGCAAAUGUGGAUAUCAACUGAGAUACUCAAAAUCCUACUAAUGUGCUAAAGCUGUCCUAUUGGUCAAGGCUAAGAGCACCUGUGCAUGGACCUUAAGCAGAAUAUCAAGAAAAUGGGCUCAAAGCUCAGACAGCUUGCCACAGGUGUUCUUUUAAAACAGACGCCUUGGACAGCACCAAUUAGUUGUCUUCAGUCCUUUUUUUUUUUUUUUUAAGUGUGUAGAGAGCGCAAUGGCCCUCAUUCAUCAUGAAGCCCAGUUUCAAGUGUUUCGGUGUCACUUUGCACACGAGCGGGUUGUACAGAUGGUCGAAUUGAUCACUUGCAACACUAAUGAUAAGGGCACACAGUAUUUUUUGACAAGGCCAUGGGCUAAAUGAGACCACACACACAUGCGACACACAUUUCUGUCAUUGGUGUUUCCUUUGCAACUACUGAACUGAACUGAACACUACUGAAAGGCUUCUCCACCUUCAAAGUCCGGGAGCGCUUGAUUCAUGUCUCAUGCUAAAUGAGGGCUUGGCGAGUGAAUGUUUGGUGACAACUUCUUCUUCUACAUAUUUGUGGCAAUAUUGAAGCAAUAUUAAUCCUCCGUGAUGAAGACGACAAGGAUGAUGACGCACCUCAUCUGUGCGGCCCACCCUCAUAUGAUUGGUCGCACCGAGCUGAUGACAUCAGCAGCAGCACAGAUGUGAGUGUGUUUUGUUUGUUUUGCACAAGUCACGAAGAAUGUCAUGUGACUGAAAAGGACAAAGCUUGUUCGUGAAUGAAUGUAAUGGAUGACGCCACACGUGACCACCUCUUGGACGGACAGCAACGUUGGCGGCGGCACGAGAGACACUAUUUUUUUUUUUUUUUUUUUGUAUUAGCAUCCAGACUGUGAUGAAUCUAGUUGAAGUAUCUUCCAGACACGACGGAGACAGAAAGUGUGUGUGUGUGUGUGUGUGUGUGUGUGUGUGUGUGUGUGUGUGUGUGUGUGUGUGUGUGUGUGUGUGUGUGUGUGUGUGCGCGCGCGUGUGUGUGUGUGCGUAUGUGAUUAAAUCAGAUGGAAAACUUGUCUAAUAACUACAUUGACCAACUGACUAACUGACCAACCAACAGUGACAGACUUUAAGGUCAAAUCGAGCAUUACAACCUUUCACUUUUGUCUAGUCGUCAAUACCAGUAAACAGUACACGACACUUGUUUUUUUUGUUUUUUUUUUUACCAAGGACUAUUGGGGCCAAGCUGAAUAGGAGAAAAGAAAAAUAUGUAGAAAAAUGUCAGUUGAGGGGGGGUAAUCCCAAAUUGAGUUGAAUUCAUAAGAUUUCUUUAGGCUGAAUAAGUGGAAUAAAGUCAUGAUGUAACAAGACAACAUUCUCUAGUUAGCAAUUCAAAAUCCUUAUUUUUACUACUAGGAAAAAAAAGUCAAUUUUAUAAAAACAGUCAAAAUAGCUGUAAGGUGCAGGGAGAGACUGAAGAGAGGAAUCAAGUUUUACACAACUAGCGAAAAUGUGUAGUUAUGAAAUUGACAAAUGGAAAAAGUUAUAAUUUUCGACAAAAUAAAAACAAAUUUCAAUUUUAGAGAGUAAAGUUGUAAUACAACAAAAGUCAUAGUCUUAGAGCAAAGUUUUUCAAAGCGGAAUAAAGUUAAUGGAAGUGAUAAGUUUAUGAUAACUAGACAUUAUUUUACGAGUAAUUGGUCAUUUUCACAAUGGAAAUACUACUGGGAAAAUCGUAAUUUUUUUUUUUUUUUUCAAAAAUGGAUUGUAUGCAAUGUACAAGGAAGAGAAUAAAGUGUGCAAGAUGGCUCAUCUGGUAAUUAAAAAGUCGCAAUUUUAUGAGAAUAAAGUUGUAGUUUUACACAUAGUCGUUACAAAGCAUAGCUUAGUCUUAAGCGUGUGAUUAAAAAGUUGUAGUUUUGCCAGAAGGAAGUCUUUAAACAGCGAUACUCCUCAUUUUUGCUGGAGUUAAGUUGUCCUUUAACUACAGUAAACCUAUACAGUGGAACCUCAGAGUUUGAACAUAAUUGGUUCUUGUGAAGUCGUUCAAAGUUGAUUUGUUCAACCUCCAAAGCAUUUUUUCCAUAGGAAAUAAUGCAAAUGAGUUUAAUGCAUUCCCAAGCUCCAAAUGGUAAAUUCCUAUUUGAAUUCCGAUUUAUGUAAAAACAUGUAUACCCUGUAUUUGAACAUUAAAAAAUGCACACAUUGUAAGCAACCUAAAUGUAAAAAAAACCUAAAACUUAAACCUAAACCUAACUUUUUGGGUCGCGGUGUGUUGACAUCAGAGGGACUCCAGAAAGUCACCCUCCAUGCUGAUCUCCCCCCCCCCCCCCAGAUUUCUACGUCCCCUAAAUCGCUUCAACGCCAAGGUUCCACUAUAAUUUUACAAAAAUAAAAUGUUACUAUGAGAACAGUUGUGCUCAAUAGAGAGUUAACUGGUAACGUUACAAGAAAAAAGACCUUUUUUGAGAAAAGUUGCAAUCGUCCACAUUAUAGUGUGUAGCAUGUUACCACUUUUGUUGUUAGGUUAGGAAAAUUUUAACGUUAAAAUUUUCCCUUUCACGCUUUACACUUUCAACUUUGACAUUCACUUAUUACAACUUUAUCAUCAUAUGAUCAUCAUUUCCAUAAAAUUAAAUCUUAAUAUUCACUUAAUGGAUUCAAGCGUCAUUGUAAUAUACUUUUGUCUUACAUUGUGACUUUAUUGUUGUAAAAUUACAUCUUUCAGAGUUUUUUUUUUUUUUUUCUGUUUUAGAUUGGCCUUAAUAUUCAUUGGUACCUACAUGCAAGACAUGGUAAAAAUUGAUUUGUCUGUUAAAAAAAAAAUCGCAUUAAAGUGAGACCCUGUAUACUUUUUUGUUUUUCAUCAAUUCACGAUGGAAGUAUAACAAGUGUAUAUUUUCCUCAUAAUCCUGAGUGAAAGUUUUUUUUUUUCUUUUUUUCUUUCAUUGCCAAGGUGUGGCAGUCAAAAUUGGUAAUGCCAGCAAAAAUAACAAUGCACUCCGUGCUCCACGAGGCAUUUCAGCCAUUAGACACAAAAAAGUUUUCAUAUUAUUUUCACGUGGCACCAGUGUGCCGGACAAAGGUUUAAGAAGGACAGGAACUCACAUUUGUUUGGAAAAAGUCUACAAAUUAGCGUGAAUUUGAGCAAGUUUGUCAGGGGAGUUUGUAUUCUGUGUGCCUUUUACUUUUCACAUUUCCAUGAUUUCUCAUGGUUAGGGUUAGUUUUGUCACUCAUCUCCCACCCCCCACCACCAAGUGAGUAGAAAAUUUUUACAAAGGUACAAAAAAAGCAAACGGGGAAAAAAAAAAAAACAGUCCCUCAAAGAAGUCCAUAUGAGCCUCCAUCCUUGUGUUUGUUGUUUCAAUGUUUGUUUUUCUUCUGCUUGUCGGCUCAGCGGUGUCAAAAGUAUUCGAGCAAUAUAUUUGUGUAUAGGUGAAGACUGAAGUCAUAAGGAGCGUAGUAGUGGAUCUCCAGUAGUACAUUCAUUUCACACACAGUCUCACUCGACUCCCUGCUGAUGAAACUCAACAAUAUGAAAUAGACUUUUCUAUAUUUGCCCUCAUUCUUGUCGACCACACAUAAGCUAACUUGCUGUUGAGAUUAAAAAAGAAGGAAAAAAAAAAGGUU